CGCCCGCCCCGCCCCGGCACCCUUCUGCUGCGCGCCGGGGGAGGCCGGGGGCUGGCCCGGGGCAAUGCCCCCCCCUCCGCCCCUGGCACCAUGGCUGGGAGGGGGCAGCGAGGGGGGCGGAAGGGAGUGGAGCGGCGGGAGAAGGGGAUUGGCUGGCGGGAGGUAGGGCGGCAGCAGACGUCGCGCACGGUUGAAGCGUCCCCGUUGCCAUGGAACCCGUUGCGGGCGGUGAUUGGCGGAGCGGGCGGUGCCCCGGGGGCCGAUGGGAGCGCGGAGCCGACGCUGCGAGUUUCAAAGCGGCAGUCCCAGGUACUUACUGCCUCCAUGCUCAGUGCUCGGCCCAGGAGUAGGAGGAGGGUCGCCCAUUCCAGCCCUCCGUCCCCAACCAGCUCUGAGGAUGAGCAGCCUUUGAGCUCCUCCACUUACUCCUUGCUCUCCCCCAUUUACCAUCAGAGCUUCCAGAGCUGCAAUGAGGAGGAGAAGGAGGAUAGGGAGGAAGCAGCACUAUCAGCUAGGGGGCAAAGAACCUUCAAGAGGAAUAAACACAAUAGUAAUGCUGAAAGCUGUAAUGUAACAGAAAAGAAAAAGCAGUCACCUCUGACAGAUAAUCUUUCGCCAUGGGAAGAAUGGUUCAUUUGCAAAGAGAGAGAGCUACGUGUCCGCUUACAAGCCAGAGCUUUAGAGGAAAUGAAUUUACAAGUGGAGAGAAGAAAAGAAAAGCAGGAACUUGAAAGGAAAAAAAGGAUUGCUGAAGAGAAACACAAGGAAUGGGUGCUGAAAAAGAAUGAAGAGGAAAGAAAGGAAAAGGAACGAAAGCUCAUCAAAAAAAUGGCAGAAAAAGCAGCGAGAGAUCUAGAGAGAAUCCAAUUGCAAGAAAAAGCUAAAGGAAAGUAUAAAGAAUGGUUAAAGAAGAAAAGAGCUGAAGAGUCUGAGAAGAAGAAGAAAGAGGAGGAAAAGGAACAAAAAAGGGUAGCUGAAUUACAGGAGAAAAAAGAGAAAUCAGAGAAGAUCUUUAGAGAGUGGCUACAGAAUGCCAGAAAUAAGCCCCGCCCAGUUUUACACGGUUAUGGCUAUACCAAUGGGAAACUUCCAGGAUACUCCAAAGGAAAUUCAUAUCCAGCUCCAGCCUAUUGUAACCCUAUUCCCUGGAAACCAAUUCAUGUGCCACCGCCUAAGGAAGAUAGGAAUGUUACAGUGAAAAAAAAUAAGAGACCUAUAUCCAGUCAGUCAUAUAGGUCCUCAGCUAUGGUAAUCCAUAAACCCAAGAACAAUCUUUGUAUUGGAUCAUUGCACAGAAAACAAAGAUAGUAUAGGAAGCAAAAUAACUUUUUUUUAAUUAGCUUGAUUUAACUAAGUUUUAAAGUACAAAAGUUAUUUCUUGGUUAAGUGUUUCCUUAAAUGUUAAAAAAUACAGUGUUGAAAGACAACAUUUUAUCAGCUUUUAACAGUUGUGAUCAUUUAAUGUUAGCUAAGGAAUAUCUUUUCCAAAGAUUUUUUAACUCAGUUAUUUUAACACUUAUAUUUUUAAAAGAUAAUUUUCUGUGAACCAGUCUUUUUAGUCACUUAAGUGACCUUUAUGUUUAUUUUUUUUAAAUUUUAUAUGUAGCCAGUUAUAUUGCAACCACUCCUUGAUAUCAAUAAAACAUUAGUGAUUAGUUUUUGUGAUUCUUCAAAGGGGUGUGAUUUUUUUUUUUAAUGUGUUUUCGGUGGUUAGUUGGGCUAUUAUGCUCAUUGUUUUAAACAUGCCAGGUGCAGCAAAUUUUGACAG